CAGGGCGCGGAGCCUGAGCCUAGCGUGAGGCCGGCGGGGCGCGAUGUGGCUGCUCCUGCGGGGCGUAGCGGCGCGGCGGGCCGCCCUGCGACUCAUUGGAGGCGCUUUCCGGGGCGGGGGCGGCGGCGGCGGCGGCACCGGCGCUCGGUGGCCCGUGUGGCGCCUGGGGGUGGGCCUGGGCCUGGCGGUGACCGCCGUAGCCGUAGCCGGGCCGGAGACGGACAGCGAGGAGCGGCCGUCCAGAGAAGCGGCCUUCCAGCGGGCCGUCGCCCGGAGCAGGGACCUCCUCCAGCGGCUAAAGGACCAACUGGGGGUCCCCGGCGUGGUGGUUGGCGUGUCCGUGGACGGGAAAGAGGUCUGGUCGGAAGGUAUAGGUUACGCUGACCUGGAAAACCGUGUGCUCUGCAGUCCAGAGACUGUCCUACGAAUUGCCAGCAUUAGCAAAUCUCUGACCAUGGUUGCUGUUGCAAAGCUGUGGGAAGAAGGGAAGCUGGAUUUAGAUACUGCUGUGCAGAAGUAUGUUCCGGAAUUUCCCGAAAAAGAAUAUGAAGGUGAAAAGGUCACUAUUACCACAAGGCUGCUUGUGUCACAUUUAAGCGGUAUUCGCCACUAUGAGAAGGAUAUUUCUAAAGUCAAAGAAGAAAAAGAAAAGGCCAACAGAAAAGCAAGAACAGCAGCUUCUGCUGCGAAAGAGAAAGAAGACAAAGACACUGAAAAGAGGGAUUUGGCUAAAGGCAAGCCGGAACAGGAAGGCAAGCAUGCAAAAAGUGGAAAGAAGAAGAGGGAGUUUGAGCAUGAAGAGUAUUAUUUGAAGGACAAAUUUGAGCAUGUGAUUGACUCACUGAACAUCUUUCAAAAUGAUCCUUUAUUCUUUAAACCAGGUAGUCAGUUUUUGUAUUCGACUCAUGGGUUCACUCUCCUGAGCGCUGUGGUGGAGAGAGCUUCAGAUCAGAAGUUCACCGACUACAUGCUGAAGAUAUUUAGUGACUUGGGCAUGGGAUCCACAGGGUUGGACGAGAAUGAGCCUCUGAUAUACAACAGGGCAAGGUAUUACAUUCACAACAAAAAAGGCCAUCUUGUCAACGCCCCCUAUGUGGAUAACUCUUACAAGUGGGCUGGUGGUGGCUUUGUGUCCACCGUGGGCGAUCUUCUCAAAUUUGGAAAUGCCAUGCUCUACAGUUACCAGCUUGGGUGGGUGAAAAACCCGGCUGCUGGACUCCUUCCUGGUUAUCUCAAGCCUGACACGAUAGCAAUGAUGUGGACCACAGUCCCAAGCACGAGAGUCUCCCAGGACAGUGAUUAUGCCUAUGGAAUGGCCUGGGUCGUUGUAGAGAAGAAGCAGGAAUGGGGCCACUGCAAAGAGCAGCAACACUACACCUUCCACACUGGUGGGGCUGUAGGAGCAAGUAGCGUCCUCCUCAUCCUUCCUGAAGAAUUGAGCUCUGGGCCUGCCAGCGGUAGCUGCCUGGUCCCACCCCGUGGUGUGGUCAUCACAAUUAUUUGUAAUAUGCAGUCUGUUCACCUUGAUGGCAUUGCCUUAAAAAUUGCAAAGGAAUUUGAAAAGGUCAGGUUAGCACAAUGCUCUAAUCAAAGGUUGGAGAAGGAAUGUGGAAGACUUGAGUGAUUACAAGAAUUUGUAACCCAGGAGGCCUCCCUCUCUCUUUUUAAGUGGAUAGCGCAGCAUUAGGUUUGAUCACUCGUUGAGGGGACAGGAAUGUAGAGUUUUUCUGAUUCAAGUAACGAAAGGCAUUAGCCAAAUACAUGUGCCAAUCGGACAGUUCACCUCCUCUUCUGCAAAUUGUGAAGCACGGAAUGUAUGCUUGGAAACCUCUUUGCUCUCCUACCUGAAGUCUGUGGGGCAGAGUCUUUGCUUUCAAAAUGGGAAUGGCAAAUUUUGCACUGCAGUGAAGACUGCUCUUGGGGAAUUGCAGUCAUGGACAGAGGGGGGAUCUCAUCUGGCAAGGUUUGGGUCUCCAUGGGCCUUUGCAAGGGUGGUCCCACUUGGAAGACAUCUUCAUCCAAACAGUGAAUAAAACUGCUUUCCCUCGUGGCCGAGGCAGUUACCGAUGGAGGCCACUCUAGCAAUAUGCAAAAUUGAUGCAGAAAAUCACACUGCCAAUACCAUGGAAUCGGCUGUCCAAUAUAAGCCUCAGAGCAGGUGCCAGCAUUAGAAUUCUGCUUGGUGGAUUACUACUUUUUUAAUAACUUGCUGCCAACAGAUUGUGAUUGCUCCAUGUGACCAUCAAAUAUUUGAUUCCCUUUUCCCAAAAACAAGAUGAAAACGAGUGUCUUAAAACUUUUCAGGGCUGUUUACAAAGGCUGCAGAUUUAAGCUCUGUUAAGUAAAAGGGGACUGCUGAGCAGACGUGUAAAUGCAAGCUAAAGAUCUUUUGUCUGGGAAUUUUUUAAAACAAACACUGCACUUUCAAAUUCAUAUUCAAGCUGUACCUCUCAUACAGGGGGUUCUCUUUCAGAAACGCUAUCUCAGAAUUUCCCUGGAAUUUUAUUGCACCGUAUAGGCGUCCAUCAUACGUUUUCUGUUUUAUUAAACCUACCAAUUCCCUUUAUAUUAUUUAGGAGUUAGGAAAGUGAUCAACAUUUUGCUGAUCUUGGUAGUGAAUUUUACUCUGAAAUUUGUCUUGGUUUUUUAGCAAAGACCCAGCCUUGGUCUUGCAUAAAUGCUAGACUUUCAGUAAAGAUUUGGAUUAAAAUUACAGGAGUAGUUCAGGAGCUAGUGCACAGAAGGUAGAUUUUGAAGAGGAUGAUCUGUUUUCCUCUUUUUCUUCCAUAAUGGGCGGGUUAAUCAUAAACACAUUCUAUUCCAUCUUAGAAUUAUGGAAUGAUCUAUUAGUGUUAUUGGUUUAAGUGCCAAAUAAUCAUAUUUUCCCAUGUGUUGCUUUUAAAAAGUUGGACACGUGAACGAAUGGUAGUUAAACCGGUUUGACUUGGGGGAUCCACCAACUGCUUAUGCUGGCUGCUGAUAAUGUAAAAUUGUAUUUAGAUUUUUUUUAACCCAGUUAGCUUCCCUUAAUCAAUAAACACUUUAUAAUGUUUGCACUGUU